AUGGCUCAGGAAUUAUUCAAGAAGUACGCCCAAGAACGAGACAAACGCAACAGGCCAGAGGGUCUGGCUCAAUAUAUCGAUGUCCGAUCCAAAGAGAUCAAAGACCUCGCGAAAGACCCGUGGGUGGACUAUGCGUCUCCCAGUGUCAAGAACCCUCCGCUCAAACACGGAAGCAGCAUCAAGUUCUUAAUCUGUGGCGGAGGGCACAGCGGAAUUCUUUAUGCAUACCGCUUGAUCGAGGCUGGGUUCAGCAGCAAGGACAUUGUUAUCGUUGACAUCGCCGGUGGAUUUGGUGGCACCUGGUAUUGGAAUCGCUAUCCUGGUCUCAUGUGCGACGUCGAAGGCUUCGUUUACCUCCCGCUACUGGAAGAGACUGGCUAUAUCCCCAAGCAUAAGUACUCUUAUGGCGAGGAGAUUCGGGGCCAGUCAGAGCGCAUUGCGGCCAAAUGGGGCCUGCAGGGCCAAUUCUGCACCAAGAUCGACUGUCAGACCUGGGACGAACACAGGCAUCAAUGGGUCGUCAAGAUGACCCGCACCCUCGGGAAGGGUGUAAAACACGAAGAUUUAACGGUAUAUGCUGACUUCGUUGUUGGUGCUGGCGGGGUCCUGUCCAUCCCUAAGAUCCCUAAGCUCACAGGCUGGCCGGAGUUCCGCGCAAAGAAGCAUGCAUUCCACACGUCCCGCUGGGACUAUGCCUACACCGGCGGUACCCAAGAGAAGCCUGACAUGAUUCAUCUCAAGAGCAAACGUGUUGCUCUGAUCGGGACUGGUGCAACGGCCGUCCAGGCUGUUCCCGAGCUGGCUAAAUGGGCAGAGCACCUUUAUGUGGUCCAGAGAACGCCCUCCUAUUGCGGCUUACGCGUUUCCGGAACAAUUGGCUCCAGCAGCAAGAUCGUCUCCCCGAAUGAGAUCGGAGAGCACAUCGAAGAGCUUCUCAGAACCGACAGCGUAGCUACGGAGGAGCUCCGAGCGAGGAUAUCACGGGAGGUGAAAGACCAAGAGACCGCUGAGAAAUUGAAGCCUUGGUACGGUACUUGGUGCAAGCGACCAACUUUUCACGACGACUACCUGCCGACUUUUAAUCGCGAGAAUGUCACCUUGAUCGACACCAACGGCAAGGGACUCGAGCGCCUCACGGAAAACGGUAUUGUCUUUGAUGGAGUUGAGUACGAAGUAGAUUGUCUUGUACUAGCCACCGGCUUCGUCGUUGGAGGCUCGAACGACCCAUCUCAGAGAGUCGACGCGCCAAUAAUAGGGCGUAAUGAAAUAUCCAUGACGACCAAGUGGGAGGAACCUGGCUCUACCACAGCCUUCGGGGUGUUUUUGCCGGGCUUUCCAAACUUUGCUGCCACUUUCUAUCGUGGCGGCGGAUUUUCGUACAACUUAUCGUCAGUCUACGAUGUUUUUGCUCGCCUCUUUGCGCAUGUUAUGGCGACAGCACACAGCCAGGCGAGCUUCAAUCAGAAGUUGGUGAUUGAUGUCUCGGAGCAGGCUCUGGGUCGCUGGGCAGGAGAAGUGGCAAAAAGAGCUGCCUGGUUCACUCCACUCAGUAUCUGCACGCCUGGCUAUUACACUUCUGAGGGAACAAUGUUCAGCAAGGAGGCAUCCGCCAAAGCUGAUAUUGACAAAGAGAGCUUUUCCAAAGCAAGACAGGCACUAUGGGGCUCUGGCCCUGUCGACUAUCAACUUACAAUAGAGAAGUACAUGGCAAAGGAAGGUAGUGUCCUAGAGGACUUUGUUGUUGAAAUGAUCUAA